ACAAGGCGUGUCCGUUUGGUUGUCACCCAGAGGUACCUUUUGAAGGCUGUGGCAGUCGUCAGUGUAUAAGCGUGGCUGCAAUGAAGUCAUAAUAUAAUAAUAUUAUAAAAGACGGUAGUAAGACAUAUGUUAAGCUUUCGGAACAAAAAGGAGUCGUUCUCAUCGAUUGUAUAUUUGGGGCAUGAAGGGGGCAGAAGAAAUCUGAAAUGGCUAGCUAGCUAACUCGCUAGCGUAACGUUAGUGGCAGCCAUUUUGUCCCGACCGAUGAAAGAGCAAUCGAAAAUAAAACCGGGAGUGCAACCAUUGAUCGAUAGUAAGAAAUAAAAUCCGUUACACAGCUGGAAGGCGCACCACCUAGUUGUCGUUCUCUAGCUAUACUCGUAGCUAGUAUUAUCCAACUAGGCUCCUAGUCGGCUUGCUGGCAUAUAGCACGAACGUAAAAAGGCGGUUGAAUUGAAAGCGGGCUGUCGGGAGUGUUUCACUGUUCAGUUUUAAUCCAGUCACUGUCCAAUAACUGUUUCCAUUAAAUGCCAAAUGGCGAAGAAGACCUAUGAUCUGCUGUUCAAGCUGCUCCUUAUCGGGGACUCUGGUGUGGGGAAGACCUGCGUGCUCUUCCGCUUCUCCGACGACGCCUUCAACACCACCUUUAUCUCCACUAUAGGGAUUGACUUCAAGAUCAAAACAGUUGAAUUACAAGGAAAGAAGAUAAAACUACAGAUAUGGGACACGGCAGGACAAGAGCGAUUUCACACGAUUACAACUUCGUAUUACAGAGGAGCUAUGGGGAUCAUGCUAGUCUAUGACAUCACAAAUGCCAAAAGCUUUGAAAACAUCAGCAAGUGGUUGCGAAACAUAGAUGAGCAUGCAAAUGAAGAUGUGGAACGGAUGCUGCUAGGCAACAAGUGUGACAUUGAAGACAAGCGCGUGGUUCUCAAGUCGAAGGGGGAGCAGAUCGCGAAAGAACACGGCAUACGCUUUUUCGAGACUAGCGCGAAAGCUAAUAUCAACAUCGAGAAGGCCUUUCUCACGUUAGCAGAAGACAUACUUCGAAAGACGCCUGUUAAAGAACCCAACAGUGAAAAUGUAGACAUCAGCACCGUGGGAGCAGUUACUGGCUGGAAGGGCAAGUGCUGCAGCUAAGCCUCGUUCAUCUUCCCCGUCGCCUUUUUCUUUGUGUCCCUGUCAGAUUUCUGGGCACGGAAAAAUAAAAAACCCAACUGUAAACUGUUAUCUGAUUAAACACCCCUACCCCCCUUCUCCCUCUUCUUUUAAAAUAAACUUUUUUUUUUUUUUUCCAUAUCAGCUUACGUUUUACAAAAUCGAAAGGUUGAAACAUAAAAUCUGCACGGUCUGUCGGCCGUCUUUUUCGGGUGGGUUCUGUAGGCAAAACAUUGCACAACAUUUACUUCAGCGGGAGUGCUUUGGAAAAUGGACGCUUGUGCACUUCAACUGACCCUAAAUACACUUGUUUUCGGGAAAUAAUGAAAUAAAAACACUUUUAGCAUUAACUUUUUUUUGUACAGUAGUGGGAUUUAUGUUUAACUCUUUGGGCUUUGCAAUUAUCCGUAUAUGAGAGUGUCAGGAUGGACAGGUAGAUUUUUUUGCUUUAACUCUGGCUUGAUUUUUUUUUGUCCUGUGCCUUACAUUGGAGUAGGAUUGUAACCCACAGAGGGAGAGUCACUUGGGUGGCAUAUUGAACAUGUGUAACUUGACAAGUAUUAUUUUCCACAUACCAUAAUAUAGGAAAUAAAAGGAACUGUAGGCA